AUCAGCAAAAUUGUUAUUAAAAUCAGUAUGUCAGCUGAUAAGGGACUCGAAGAGUUGAAUUUCACGAAAAGUGCAGUAUUCCAGGCUAGCAACGAAACCGAAUCACGUAAUAAAUCUGACGACACGAACGAUGUAGAUCUCGAAACACGUACCACUAUCGUUACCAAUGUCGUUAACGAUGACGAUGUUACUCGUACUUAUAAGAGUAACGAUUCAGCUGAUUCUAUACGUAAGAUACUCGAAGCGUUGAAUACAACAAAUAGUGCAGGUGUAAGUGUAAGCGGUACCUCGUUGGCUUUAGUGGUCAUCUCAUGGACUUUAACAAAAAUAUCAAAAUCCGCGAGCUUAUGAGAAUCGGUUUGAAAAACUCUGGUGAUAUUAGAAUAAGUGUAGAUAUAAUUAUUAUUCACACAUUCAGUGUAUCCAUGUGACCCACAAAAAAUAUGUGUAAAACUAUGACGUGACAAAAAUGUAAGACUACAACCUAUACAUAGAAUUCCACGGAGGAAACACAGCAAUGCGAGUAUAACAUUCCAAUUUCAAACUGUGGCCAGUAUCACUGGCCACGGCAAUCCAUAAAAAAUAAAAAAACCCUUCCAACUUUGAAAUUGAGUAAGCAUUUCAUUUUCUGUGACGAUUUCUUUUUUGUUAGUUUACUUUUAAUUAAAAACAAAAUACGAGCAAUAAAUCUACUCUCAUCUGUUUCGCAUUCUAAAUUCAAACGAAUUUCUAGCCCUGCGUCAGUCAGCGCACAAAAAGUUGACCGUAUUGUGGUCAAUCUUCGCUCUUGACCGUUAGGGGAACGUUCAUAAAUAACGUCACACAUUUAGGGGAGAGUGGUGCUCGCUGGCACUGUGACAGACUGUUUUGCACACGCAAAAAACCGUAACAAAGGCAGCAGGUUUGCAAAUUAAAAAAUAUUUCACGAAUAAAUGGUCUCUUUUUUGGUAAUUAUGAAAUGUGUUUGUGAUUUAAAAUUGACUACGCUUUGCUGUGUUACCCGUAUUUAUGAUGUUAAGGAUCGGUUAUUUUUUGUACAUUUUACGUUAGUCAUUGUAUAAAGUAAAUAAAUUAUUUGUUAGCAAUAAACAUAAAUAUAUUAGAGUAGCAUCAAUGUAAUGCAGGUUGAGGAACAAAAAUAAUUUUACUAUACAUUAAAUUUUUUUUUCAUAUGAAUAUAAGUACAAUCAGUUGAUUAUAGU